UCCGGUGCGGAAGCCUGGUCUCCUCGCUUGGAGCGAGCGGUCUGCGCUUGGGAAGGCGAGGCUCGAGGCCGGCCGGCGGAGCUCUCAGGGACGCAGGGAGGUCAGGUUGGCAGCAGCCACUCUCUCUGCGGCUGUACCUGGGAGAUGGAAAGCAGAAGGCUGGCUCAAACCCUCCAAGACAGGUUGGCACCACUCCAGCAUACCCCACUGGGAGGCAAAGACUGUCCAGUUUGCCAUCAUCAUUAUAGUCAUACUAGGAUUGAUGCUUGGUUAAGGAAGCGUCUACCAGAUAUCGCUACUGGGUGAAUCCAGGCAAAGACUGGCCACAGACCACCCUAGCCUUACCAGGAAGUUUGCUGUCUUCUUAUCCCCCUGAGAUCUCUGCUCCUCUCCAGAUUUUCUCAACUCCUUCAGAUGCUCCAGCUGCUUCUGAAUUUGUUUCUGGAAAAAAAGAGCAUUUGUCAAAGCUUGAACUUGGCUCCUGCCAUCUUGGUGCCAACUCUAGAUGGGAAAACUUGCUUCACGGAAUAAAGCUGAAGGGCGGCCUCCUCGAUGGGGCGAACCCGGUGGCCUCGGUGCUCCUGACUCAGCCCGCAGAUGAGGCAGAUGGGUUCCCCGUGGUCCUCGCAGAAGAGCAGCUGGACCUGCUUCAUGUGACGCUCACACUGUGGCAGGGACUUGGGGCUCAGGCUGGCCAUCUGCAGGCCCUCCUGCCACUCGAGGCUUCCAUGGCUCUUCCCCGGGAGCAAGUCCUGGCACUGAGGGCAGCUGGAUGAGUAGCCACGUGAGACCUCAGGAUCCCUAGAAGCAACGGGGCAGCUGCAGGAAACAUGCACGCAGCUGCCACCAACCGGGUCUCCUUCCUGGGCACAGCAAAGGGGACACACAGCCUUGUCCUGCAGUCUCCCUGGGGACAUAGCAGUGGAAAAAUCUCAUGAGUGACAAACCCAAGAUGUUACCAAGGAAUGCUGCAAAUCACAGCGAGAGUCCGUGCCUGGGAUACGUACAUUCUCGUGGUCUGGAACCAAACCCACGAUGUGCCUGUACAUUCUGGCCAAGAGGAAGUAAAUGGAGGCAUCACGAGCAGCAUCUAGAAACUUCAGAAAACCUUCCCUAAGUGAUACUAUUCUCCUUUGUCCCUCCAUCCUGCUGCCUGGAAUGAGGAUGCCACCAUCUGAGACCACAACCUUAAGAGCAAACUCCGUAGAGCAGAAAAGCAGCAGGAGCUUGGGUUCCUGACCACGGUGUACCACAUUUGUCCUGGACCACCUGUGUGUCAUUUAUGUGAAAGAGGAACAAACGUCUAUCUUGUUUCAGUUAUGUUAUUUUGGCGUUUCUGUCAUUCACAACCCAUCACCAUCCUAAUUUCUGCCUCUUUAGUAAAAGAGACCUAGGACUUUAGCCAACAGCUCCCUCCCUGCCCAGACAGAGGCGAAUAGCAGAAUCGCAGCCCCAUGACAUACUGCCAUGAGGUAUUGUGAGAAGGUGAUAUUUGUACCCAAUCUUUCUCAGAUGUUCAACCUGGGGUCCAUGAAGCCCUUGGGAAUUCUAAAGAAGGACUUCAGAGUGUCUAAGAACUAACUAACUGAAAUGUAUGCAACAUUUUUAUGAAAAUGUGCAGAUAUGCAUUUUUCAGGAUUCAGAGCCUACAUCAGAUUCUCAAAGGGUGGAGGACCUCAAGGGGGACCCAGAGAUCCAGUGAAAUGAAUACAGUGGGGAUAAAAGCAGGUUUGCAGGGGGAAACCUGCAAAGGUCAUCAUUCCUAAGGAUGCCAGGUCUUCUGGAUUCUGAGGUCCUUUCUUACCUGAAGAUGGAGGGACUUCUGGAUUUGAAGGAUCAUGGAGCACACCACCUACCACCUCCUCCAAGGCCUUAGAGGUCUUUGGAGCCUCAGUUCCACUCUUCUCUGCAGGUACUGUGGACUCUGGAUGCUCCCAGAUCUUCUUUCCAGCCAACGAUACACUGGAAAGUGUAUUCCUGAGUGCUACCCCCUCCAGAGUCAUGGCGUGUUCUGGCUUCCUGGAUCCUUUCUCUGCAGCCACAGUAGCCCCUGUGUUCAGAGUGGCUGCUGAGCCUGGAUUCUCACAUCUCAUUUUCUCUUGAAGCAUAAGAGUUUCUGGGUUGAGAGGUUCUGUCUCUCCUGAAGAAAUGGUAAAUUCAAGACUUUUGGGUCGCUUCUUUCCUGAAGAUUCAGAGGCUUUUCCAGCUGGGAGGACUCAAUGCCUUGUCAGACACCUGGUCGUCAGCACCCAGCUCUCACUGACUUGGGCUGGACUGCAUAGUGGUGGAUGAGUCUUUGAGGAAGGGUCUGGGAUUGGAUUCCAGAUUCUGGAUCUUUGGGCAGGCAGUCAGAUGCUUCCCUCUCCCCUCCCAGGAUACGGGGGUGGGAGUGUGGGGAACAGAGCCCCUGGUCCCAUGCUGGAGAGAACCAUGAUAAGGGUCAGCCCCUCUGGCCAACUGCUCUUCUCCAGACUCUUGGGGUUUUAUUGACCCUCUGGAGCCAAUGACAGGGGGAUGGGGAGCAGCAAAUACAGCCCUGCAAGCUCUGCCCCUCCCUGCCCAAGAAGGCAGGUGAGGCCAGAAGGGCACCACCAGGAGACAAGCCCUGGGGUCGCCCCUGUUGAUGUAGUUCCAGUUGUCUGGUUCUUCCAGCAACACGAAGGCCUCGAAACGCGACGCCUGGGACCACCAUCCUGAUUUAUUUGUCCCAGCGCUAACUCUGCCGUGGCUUCCUGGGAGCAGACUCCGGAGGGAGGGUGUCAUGCAUGCACGUGUACUGAACACGUGUUCUGGACCAGGAUGCUGGAGAAACAAGGGUGAAAAAGGCAUAGUCGUUCUUAGGGCUUGCAGCCCAGUAUGGGGCCCCAGCGGUGGCUCCAAAGCUAAUGGAGUUUGUAUGGGGGGAGCUGACUGCUUCCUCUGUUAACGGCUGUGUCUUUCUGCUACAUUGAUUUUUAUCCUCAACUUUUUGGUUCAAAAAAUUUCAGGGCUUCCCUGGUGGCGCAGUGGUUGGGAGUCCGCCUGCCGAGGCAGGGGAUGUGGGUUCGUGCCCCGGUCCGGGAGGAUCCCACAUGCCGCGGAGCAGCUGGGCCCGUGAGCCAUGGCCGCUGGGCCUGCGUGUCCGGAGCCUGUGCCCUGCAGUGGGAGGGGCCGCAACGGUGAGAGGCCCGCGUACUGAAAAAAAAAAAAAAAUUUCAAAUUCACAGAAAAUUUGAGAGCAUAGUACAAUGAACACUUAUAUACCCUUUACCUAGGUUCAGCAACAAUUUACAUUUCAUGUUUGGUGAUUCUCUCUCUCUCACACAUGCACACACUUUUUUGUUUUUUUGAAGCAUUUCGUAAUAAAUUGAAAGCAUGUCAGAUAUCACUUCAAAUACCCUAGCUAUCCUAAAUACUAAGAAUGAGGAUACAAGGAUAUUACUUUAUUAUUUAUUUAUUUAAAUUUUAUUUAUUUAUUUAUUUUUGGCUGCCCCCACUCAGCUUGUCAGAUCUUAAUUACCCGACCAGGAAUUGAACCCGGGCCCUCUGCAGUGAAAGCGCCGAGUCCUAACCACUGGACCGCCAGGGAAUUCCCAAGGAUAUUAUUUUAAAUAAUCACAGUAGUAUUAUCACACUCAGGAAAUUUAAUGUUGUUACAAUACUACAAGCUUUCCAUAAUCAAAUUCCCCAAUUGUCCUGGUAAUGUCUUUGAUAGCUUUUUUUUGUCCCAAUCCAGGAUCCAAUCAGAGAUCCUGCAUUGCCUUUAGUUGCCAUAUCUCUGUAGUCUCCUUUUAUCUAGAACACUUUCACAUUCCCCUCACCUUUUAAAAUUCUUUCAAGACAUUAAUGUUUUUGAGGGCUUCCCUGGUGGCGUAGUGGUUAAGAAUCCUCCUGCCAAUGCAGGGGACACGGGUUCGAGCCCUGGCCCGGGAAAAUCCCACAUGCUGUGGAGCAACUAAGCCCGUGCGCCACAACUACUGAAGCCCGGGCGCCUAGAGCCCCGUACUCUGCAGCAAGGGAAGCCCACGCACCUCGACGAAGAGUAGCCCCCUGCUCGCUGCAACUAGAGGAAGCGCGCGUGCAGCAACAAAGACCCAAAGCAGCCAAAAAUAAAUAAAUAAAUAUAAAAAAUAAAGUGGGGACCGUGGUGAGGUCUCAGACCUGGAGGCUUGCUUCGUCAAGCCCUCUUAUUAAAAAAAAAAAAAAAAUGUUUUUGAAAAGUCCGUUCCAAGCACAGUGUCCCUCAAUGUAGAUUUGUGUGAUUGUCUCCUCAUUAGACUGAGGGUCCAUUCACGCCUCCUUGAGAUCUCUCCGUUGUAAAAGGCCAUUUUUUUCUUUGUAAUUAAUAUGGAACCUCGGUGUGUGGAAAGGUCUCGCUCCCUCACAAUCUUUCACCCCAUGGUGUUAGCCUUCAUAGAUGAUCCUUUCCUAAAUCAGUUGCUAGAGUGGUGGUUGCAAAAUGGUGGUAUUUCUAUCACUUAGUUGGCAUCAUUUGCACAUCCUGGAUUAAACUUUGUGUGUUCCUCAUGAAAUGUUUGGCUUACAGAUGUUUUGUUGGUAAUACAAUUACCCUUCAACGAUGCUUACUCUGCUUUUUUUUUUUUUUAACUCUGUGCUUUAUAUCCAUUAUUCCCUAAAAUCUCUGCAGUAUCCCUUCAGUGCAGGAUUCAUCAUCUCCAUUUACAGCCGGGAUUAGUGGCUUAGAUACUUGCCCAGAGCCAGGGUUCAAACUCACUCUAUUAACCACUUUGCAGUAUUGUCUCCCUGCAUGAUGGUACUUUGUUAUUUUACUAUUCACCACUAACUGUAGAUGUCACCUUUUCAGCGACCAACGAGGCUCAAAAUGGGCCAUGCUGACCAUUCCCACAGGUCAGUGACAGCAUUCUGUUGCCUGGCUGAACAAACAUCCCCUCUGUAUGACCAACCUGGGAUCAAGGCUUCCAAUUGGUCCAUGGGCUUUAUAUCUUACAGAGUAUUAAGUGUUUGGGGUUUAACAGCUGACAGCAUCCAGUUUUCUGGAUCCUGGUGAGAAAAUAAUACCCAAACCCAACAACUUCCCUAAAAAAUGAAUGAACCCAAAUGCACUUUUAUGGUGCAAAUGUCAGAUGUGUGAAAUUCUCACGUUGGGCCAGAAGGGUUUUAACUGGGGUUUCUCUGGGACCAGGACCUGUACAAGAUUCCGGAAGGCAGUCUCCCACUGCUGAGACAGAAAUGAUGAAAUCGUGCAAUGCCACAAAGCAUCCUUCGUGUUCCUGGGAUCUCUGACACUAUCUUGUCUGGCCAGGAAACUCCUCUAAGCUAAGACUAAGGCAGCUACGACAGAAUCGGGUAGGAAGUGGGGCUUUCCAGUCUACAGCAGGAUAUUUUGCAAUUUCAGUGACACUUUUUGCAACAGGGGCAAUUGUGAAGCAGGGACUUCUUGAAAGGCAGUGUUUUGUUGCCACUGAGGCCUUUCUAGGUCAAGAGAGGUUCACAGAGCUUCCAUUUUUUGAGGUUCCAGUGAUUUAAAAUGAAGAAAUGUGAAAAUAGGAUUAUAGUCCUUGGGAUGCAUUUUAAAUGUUUGAUUUAACAAGUAAAAUGGAUUGUUGAUGAACUCUUCUUUCUUGUACCUCUGUGACUAUACCUCUGUAACCUUCAAAGCAGCUUUCAGUCCUGUACCUCUGUGCCUUUAUUUGGGGACAUGACAAAUCUAAAACCAAUGCAACUGCUGCAAAGGGUCCAACUUUUGCUCUCCUCCUAAGUGAUGCACAGCUCAGACACCCGGAUCUUUUCUCCAUUCCUGGUCAUCAGGGGUAUCACUUUCUACCACAUUCAUUUUUUUAUCAUUUUGGGAUUUUAAAAUCAAUAUGUAUUUUAUAAUAAAAAAGAUAGUUUUUAAAAAGUAUUUUAUAAUUAGCUUAGCUUCAAAGCUGAUUUCAGUCCUGUCCCCGCAACCAUCAUGAUAAAGGAGGUUUACUGUAUUUGAAUAUAAUACAUGUCUCUUAUUAAGAGAAUGGAAAGACCUGUUGAGAAGAUCGUGGAAGAGUUCCUGUGUUAACCUGGAACUGAAAAUAAUGGAUCCCUCUGUGACCCAAACUCUCCCUCACCCACCAGUAUAUUGAAUUUUAAGGGAGAAAUCUGAGACUUUGAGAGGCUAACCAUUCAAGUUCAAAGAGAAUUUCCAGGCAAUGAACUCCCUCUGAGAAACAUACUGUAACUGUGGUCUCUGAGGGUGAACCAAAUUCAGGGACAACCUCCGACCUCCUGAGCAGAAUGGGAAAGCAGGGAGAGGAAGCCAACUUCCCAAAGUAGGUUGCGGUGGGUGGCUUUGACCUGUCCCAGGUGAUGCAGUAGUGGUGUCAGAAUAGGUCUCCAAUCGGCUUACCAAAUGAGAGCUUUGUUUGCACUAUGGUAACCUUAAGCAAGAGCGUUUAUAAGUUAUAAAGUGCAGUACACAUUAUUCUGAUUGUUAAACCUAGAUGGAGGGUAAGUGGGUGUUCAUUUUACUCUUUAAAUUUUCCUAUGUAUUUAAACUUUUUUUUUUUGGUCUGUCCACAUGGCAUGCGGGAUCUGGGAUCUUAGUUUCCCCGACCAGGGAUGGAACCUGUACCCCCUGCAGUGGAAGUGGGGUCUUAACCAUGGACCGCCAGGUAAGUCCCAACAUCUUACAAUUUAAAAAAUUGAAAAAAAAUGUUUUGUUCUACCAGUGUUUAUACGGACCCUAUUAGGAGGCUCGCCUUGAGCAUACAGUCCCUGACAGCCAAAGGCAACUGCUUUCCCUUCCCCGCACCCUUUGAGGUUCGGUUUACAUAAUCCUGCCCCCACUCCCAACUCCCACCUCCCACCCCUGGCAGAGCUGACCCCUCUUGCCUGGUGCUCCGGUCAUUCCUGUUCACCACCUUGCAUUGAAACUGUUUAUGAGUUUGGAAGCUGCCUGGAGUGGUGAGGAGAUAUGGGAAUCCAAGAUCUAGGACCUGUGUGACCUGGGCAAAUUACUCGACCUCUCUGAAUUUGUUUUCCUGUCUGUCAAACGGGUCGUUUCUGGAAUUCAAUGAGAUGAUUGCAAGCGCGCCUGGCACCGUGGGAGAAGUGCCAGCUUCAUUCUUUGGUGUCCAGCGCUUGGCACGUCGUGGGCGGUGUCUACAAAGGUGGACAGCAGAUCCCUGCCCCUCACUGCCAUCACCUCCAGGACCCCUUCCGCCCAAACCCCGCGCUUGGGGCAGGAGAGGUUUGUCUGCGGGAAGAACGGCCCCAGGAUAAAGGGGAAGUGUCUGCGCAGGGCAGUGACAGGCGGGCAGGCGCUGGGGUGGAGACCCGCCCGGCGCACCAUCCCUGCCGGGACCCCGUGGGGCCUGCCGGAGGGAGGGAAAAGUCCGAGAUGCGCGACUCACCCCGGGGUCUGUACCCGCGGCGUCGGCGUUUGUGCGAUGACUCUCUGAACUACGUCUCCCAGGAGGCUCCGGGAGUAUGAAGAGCCAAUCGGAGGGCGGGUGGGCGGGCCCUCCGGCACCUACGUCUACUAGGGGGCGCUGGGCUGAGCCGCCGUUGAUAAGAUUGGCAACCGCAAUGGCCUAUAGCUGCUUCCCGCCCGAGCGGCCGCACUCCAGGCGCUGAGAAGGAGCGGCCGAAGCUGCUGGUAUCCCGGACACAGCGGGAAGUGGAGUCAGCGCGGCACGUGAAGACCCCAACUCGCGGUAUUCGGCGCCACGGGGCUGCACUGGGGCCGUAGAUCCCCAGUCUUCCGCCCCUGACAAGCCUAUAGAUCAUUCAUGUUUUACGGCGAAUAUUUACCGAGGGCCUACUGUGGACCUCUUACUGUGUCAACAGCGGCGAGGGUGGUCACGGCAGGCAGUAUCCUUGCCACAAGGCGCUUAUCUCCUGGGAAGGAGAGAGGGGAAGCUCUACCGCAUUGGAGUUGCCUGAUACACUGCCAGGGAUUUUGGCAAACCCUGAGUUUCUGGGAGAAGAACACAGAGUGGAGCAUUUGGGAGGAAGACUCAGCGGUGAGUGUGUGGCGAGACCUGACCCAAUGGGCGCUAGAGUUCUCGGAACGUGACCGGGAAGUUGGUCCGGAGCAGGCGCCGUUGGUUGUUGACGCCUAACGCGCUCUGAGACUUCCGGCGUGGGAGCCGAGCUUCGAGUCCUGCGACCGGGAAGGGCUCUUGAUAGUGAAACUGGAGGAGGACUGCGCCUGGAGCCAGGAGCUGCCCCCGACAGACCCAGGACCCAGCCCGGAGGCCUCCCAUCAGCGCUUCAGACGGUUCCGCUUCCAAGAGGCCGCUGGGCCCCGGGAAGCCCUCAGUCGGCUCCAGGAGCUUUGCCAUGGGUGGCUGCGGCCUGAGAUGCGUACCAAGGAGCAGAUCCUGGAGGUGUUGGUGCUGGAGCAGUUUCUGACCAUCCUGCCCCAGGAGAUCCAGAGCAGGGUGCAGGAGCUGCAUCCGGAGAGCGGCGAGGAAGCGGUGACUCUGGUGGAGGAUAUGCAGAAAGAGCUUGGGAGACUGAGGCAACAGGUGACAAACCAUGGGCGGGGAACAGAAGUGCUUUUGGAGGAGCCUUUGCCUCUGGAAACAGCACGAGAGUCACCGAGCUUCAAGCUGGAGCCAAUGGAGACUGAGAGAAGCCCUGGCCGCAGGCUGCAGGAGCUGCUAGGCCCCAGCCCCAAAAGGGAUCCCCAGACUGUAAAGGAGAGGGCAUUAUCUGCUCCCUGGCUUUCUCUCUUUCCUCCCGAAGGAAACAUGGAAGACAAGGAGCUGACUGGGCCCCAGUUGCCUGAGAGCUUAGAGGACGUGGCUAUGUACAUCUCCCAGGAGGAGUGGGGGCAUCAGCAUCCUAGUAAGAGGGCCCUCUCCCAGGACACGGUGCAGGAGAGUUAUGAGAAUGUGGACUCACUGGAGUCUCAGGUUCCCAGUCAGGAGGCCCUGAGCACCCAGGUGGAACAAGAAGGAAAGCCCUGGGAUCCCAGUGUCCAGACUUGCAAGGAGGGCCUGAGCCGCAGGAGCCCAGCUCCCGGGGAAGAGAAAUUUGACAAUCUGGAAGAAAGUGCUCAGUCCGUUUGCCCUGAGAGCAUCCACCCUCGGGCGCUGCUGCCUGGCCAGGCCGGAGGGGAGGUACCCUGGAGUCCUGAGCAGGGAAGGCCUCAUGACAGGGCAGAAGAGCAUUGGGAGCCUGCCCCAGAGGUUCGGAUGGAGCAGUCCUUAGUGGGGGCCACAAGUUGCAGAGAACUGGGGCGGCCAAAGGAACUGCAGCCGAAGAAGCUCCAUUUAUGUCCCUUGUGUGGCAAAAAUUUCUCUAACAACUCGAACCUGAUUAGGCACCAGAGGAUACAUGCAGCAGAAAGACUGUGUAUGGGUGUGGGGUGCGCUGAAAUCUUUGGCGGGAAUCCACACUUUUUGUCACUACACAGAGCACACUUGGGAGAGGAGGCCCAUAAGUGCCUCGAGUGUGGAAAAAGCUUCAGUCAGAAUACCCACCUGACUCGGCAUCGGCGUACCCACACAGGUGAGAAGCCCUAUCAAUGUAACGAGUGUGGAAAGAGCUUCUCUUGCAACUCCAACCUCCACAGGCACCAGAGAACGCACACAGGUGAAAAGCCCUACAAGUGCCCUGAGUGUGGGGAGAUCUUUGCUCACAGUUCCAACCUCCUUAGGCACCAGAGAAUUCACACAGGAGAGAGACCUUAUAAGUGUUCCGAGUGUGGGAAAAGUUUCUCUCGCAGUUCUCACCUUGUCAUUCACGAAAGAACUCACGAGAAAGAGAGGCUGUACCCCUUCUCUGAGUGUGGGGAAGCAGUGAGUGACAGCACCCUCUUUCUUGCCAAUCAUGGGACCCACAAGGCAGAGAAGAAACUCUUUCAGUGUUUAACUUGUGGGAAAAGCUUCCAGCAGGGCAUGCACCUCACCAGACACCAGAGAACACACACAGGAGAGAAACCAUAUAAAUGUACCCUCUGUGGGGAAAACUUCUCUCAUAGAUCCAACUUAAUCAGACACCAGAGAAUUCACACGGGAGAGAAACCCUAUACCUGUCAUGAGUGUGGAGACAGUUUCUCUCACAGCUCCAAUCGGAUUCGUCAUCUGAGAACCCAUACAGGAGAGAGACCCUAUAAAUGUUCCGAAUGUGGAGAAAGCUUUUCUCGGAGUUCACGCCUUAUGAGUCAUCAGAGAACUCACACUGGAUAGAAACAAUGGGAUUUCUUUUGGGCCCAGAUAAGGUGGCAUAUUCAGAGGGGCCUCUUGUUAAGAGCUGGUAUUCCUUACCCAGCAUGAUCUGCAUCUUUAGGGUAAUUACUCCAAAGAGGAACCAGGGGAGGGUCGUUGUGAGGGAGGUGCAGAGGCAGCAAAGGAUUAGCGUAAAACUGAAAAGGAAUUCUGUUGGAACUAGUGAGGAUGGCAAGUCUUUGAAGUGACCCUCUCAGGGUGGAAUCCCCUCUAAAGUUCUUCCAGUCUCAGGGCACACCUACCCCCUCAGCAUAUUUAGCCAACUUGAGACUUGGGUGCCUUACUGUGUCUAGUGUGUAUCCCAACAACUUUGGGAAUCCACAGACUUCCUGGUAUUGCUUCCUCACUUGGGACAUUCAUCAGGAGCUUUUGGGCUCCUGAGGCCCUUGAGACCAAAGAAGAGGGGCCAGGUCUCCUGGGAGACCAACUGGAGGCACCGAAAGACUGGUGGUGAGUUGCAGCUCUUCUGAAGGCCUGGCUGAGAAGCCACAAGCAAUCCCGGGCAGCCACCACAGUGCCCUCAGUGGCCUGACAGUAGGGCUCAUUGGUAGGUCAUGCAUGUGAUUGUCACCUCUAACAAAAAGGAACCAGAGACCUACGGGAAAUAGUAAGAUGGAAUUUGCAGGUAAGCCCAGGAAUUGGCAGAGGAAACCGGGGUCUUAAUUAGCUUACCCUUUGCAGAGAUCAAGUCCUCAGAGGGUUCCAUGAAAGAUGGGUUCCCUGGGAGACUCUGAAAACGUGGAUCCUGGGGAAAUUAGGAAUCAUGCCUUUCCCUGUUGAAAAUAUGUUUGGAUGGUAAUAAAUAUCUU